CUUUUGUCUUUGGGUUCUCUAUUUCAUAGACUAUAGACGAGACAAAACUACUAGCAUUGCCUGUAGUUGCUUAACCAAUAUACUGUACUUCUAAAAUACGGAUAAAAAGCAUAUAAUUACUAAUGUUACAAUCCAAAAUUCUUGGAUUAACACCAUCACGUUGUUACGGUAAUUGCGUGUGCCAAAAAUUAUAAGAAACGGACGCGCUUCGGCUGCAGGGGACCGGUUGAUUCUUUACAUAAAAUUUCAAUGUGUUCUGGAAAUGGUUUGCAAAGAGGACGUGGUAUCAUGGUUUAAAGAAUUGGAAAGCUAUAAACGCAUAGACGCGAUGUGUACGUUAUUAAAUAUGUGUUUGCCAUUUGAACUACGUUUCAUUGGCACAUACCUAGAGGAGCUGGGUAAGCGGGACUUUCAGGAGUUGCGUGGUGCUGAACUGAGAGCUAACAACCCCACAGACCUGGCUGCGGACAUUGGAGGCGCCAACACAGACCCCAGGACACGGCGGAAAAUGGCCUUGUAUGUGUCGUUACUGCGUUCGUGUAAUUUCGCGUGUGCUACCACAUUGUACAAUGCCAUGGUCAGUUUGGAGCAGAGUGGUUUGUUGAAAGGCUUGUACGGCGAUCUCCUCGAAGAAAUUUUACUUCUGUACACAAUGGCGUUACAUCAUCCAGCGUUUACAUUUGAUCAAAAGUCGCAUUUUGGUGAAAUACUAGAGAAAUUAAAAAUGGAAGACCAGAGGAUACAAUUUCCAGAGCCACAAGAUCAUAUAAACGUAGUACCAGUGAGUGCAUGCCAUACACAAUCUAAUAUCACAGGCAACAUGACAAUCCCACCACCUAACUUGUCUAGCUUGGGGCCACCGCCUGGUAUUGUGUUUGUCAAAACACCUGGGGUGCAGCCGCCUAGUACAGACACAGUGCCUGAACUCAGCUCUCCGCCAGUUCUGACAGGAGCCGGGGGAGUAGUGCAAAUGUUGGGUGAAGUCCCUCACCCACCUCCUGGUCUACCGAUGCCACAGUACAACAUGGGAGACUACAUAGGACACAAUGCGUGGCCUGCAAAUAUCAUAGUAUCACCUAUAAAUCAACCACUCGAAGUAAUAAAUUACACGGCUGCUAGUGGUGCGCCGACGUCGCCUCUAGUGUCGUCGCCGGGCGACAGUCGCGCCGCGUCGCCACGUUCGCGCCGCCGACUAUCGCGGGACCGCUCGCCGCCUCCUCCCCCAGUCGGGCCCCCCGACCAGCCUUCACUGCCGCACCAACUUGCCGCCAACUUUGAAAACAUGUCUGUCGCCGAGGUGGGUCACUCUCCGCAGCAUCGCGGUCCCUUCACCGUGUUUGCAGCAGGACUUCUUCGCCACAGACAGCCUUCUGCAUUAACGCGGUUUUCGAAUGAGAUGCGGCAUAAUAUCGGUGAUGAACGAUUAAGAGAACUGAACAUGGUGGUCCAUCAGCAGCAAUAUAGAUCAUUGGAGAAACUAAACGGAGUGCGACGACUAACCGGUCCGUACUGCACGGCGACGCGCUCGUCGUCCGACAGCGGGUCCAGCGCCGCGUCGUCCCCACCCGACACGCCGGCGCCGCCGCAGCGCCGCGCUACGCCGUCCGCGCCGCCUCCCGUGCCGUUCCUGCAGUACCCGCGGCCCUUCGGCUACCCCACGCCGCCGCCCACGUACCGCCAGCCCCCGCCGCCGUUCGCUAACGGCGAGCCGCCCCCGUACCCUGCGGCGGCGCCGUACGCCGGCUUCGUGUCGGUGCUGUACGCGCCGCCCAAGCUGUCGUGCUGGAACUGCGGCGCGGCGGGCCACGCGGGCCACGAGUGCAAGGAGCCCAGCAUGGAGGAGAUGACGCGCGCGGGCGGCUACCAGCUGGACUUCGGUGGUGCGCCGCCCGAGCCGAGCGACAAGUAGGGGCGCCGUCGAGCGCUAGGGAACUCUUCGCGACGUCCUUGUGUGAUCUGUCCAGAUUAGUACCAAAGUGUGAGGUCAAAAAUUGUAAAUAUCGACCCCGGUCGGCCCGUACGGCUGCUAUCGGUACCCGGCGUGAUAUGAACCCUUGGAACGUGAAACCCGAAGGAUUUCUUUUGACGUAGUUCGAGAUAUUAGGUAGAUAUAUUAUGAUGUUAAUAUUACGAGCGCUUAUCGGACUAAUUUAUUAGGGUGAUGAACUUUUAUCUGUAAUGUUUAAGAGUAAUUGCACUUUCGAUGUAUUUAGAAUUUGAUGACAUUCCAAUUAUUUAAUUGAAAAUCCUUGCGAACGUCUGGUAAAAUGAUCAUUAGCUAAAACAGAUGGUUUGUGCUUGGUGACUGAAAAUAAAAAUAAUUGUUACACAUAAGAAAAAGACUCUCUCUCUCAAUCUCACAUGUCAUUGUUAUUAAAUAAAAAAAUUGUUUGGUGAAGCAAGUAGUUACAGUGUAGAACAUAUUUUUCGUCACUUGAGAGCAAUGUUGAUCAUUGUUGAUGAGCCUAAGGGCCAAUGCAUAAAUUUGAAAAACUUACAAAAUAUUAAAAUGUGUGACUUAAAUGAUGAAGUUAUUGUUUCUUCUGUUUGGACCUGUAUUUUGUUAAGUAUUAUUAAAAAUAAUGCAAUGUGAGCGAAUGUGUUUGUAUAGGAAAUUGCUGGCUAACGAUUUCCUAAACUUCAUUGGGAUCAAGUUACUAUAAACAUUUUUGCAAACAUUUAGUUGAGCUGUAAUUGUUGUAGUUGAUUUUUCCCGAAUUCUAGUCGUUCCAACACGGUAGCCAGGGAGAGGUUGCUGAUUGCAAGGCAAAACAAUUUUCAUACCACGAUAUAACAAAAACUACAGAUCAACUACAUCAGAAAUCGUUAAAUAAUCCGAAAUUGAAAGUGCAAUUAUUUAUAAACAAUCACUAAACAAACAGUUCUUGUAUAGAAUUUUCAGGGAAUUCCAAUUUAAACAGCAGCACCUGUAAAAAUAGUUUUAAUCGGCAGCUUCAAAGAAUUUAAAAUUAAGGUUUUGUAUGGUAAAGGUUGAUAAAACGAAUUGGUACAAACACAUAAUUUGAUCAAUUUUAUUAUCUUACAAAUAGUUAACAUGUCAUUAAAAAUGAGUGCCAUAAAUUGGUGUAUAAUAUAAUUUUCAUGUUUAGUCAGUAUGGAGUUUUAAAUUUAAUUUAAGUGGUAGCAUGAUACAGUGAAUUAAGUCCCAUCAAUACUUAUUUAUAGUUUUUCUAAACCAGUUUCCGACUCUAUAAAUAAUAUAGUUCUAGGUAGGUAUGAAAUCAUCACAAAUGAAUUUCAAAAUUAAUAGUUCUUGCCACAUAUUUAAAAGGUUGCUUUUGGAAUUGUUAUCAGACAUAAAUAUGUAUUUUAAGUUCCAUAUAAAAUUGUCGUAUUUAUGUUACACAAUGCACAUGACAAGUUAGUACAUCUACAUUAGUACAAAUUGAAAUUGGUAUGAGUUGAAAAAUUGAAUUUAGUCGAUUAGUUAAGAAAUUUCAUUAGGCGACAUGGUUUUAUAAGAUAGUGUAUUAACAUAAUGAUAGAAAUAUUCUAGUGUUUGUUUUAAUUGUUAAUAAUAUAAUCAAUCAAGCAAGUGUGAAUAAUUUUUAGGAUAAACCAAAUCUAUCUUCAAUUUAAACAUAGUGCUGCCCACUGCAUGUCAUACAACUUGACAUGCUAUGGAGUUCCCUAAAAUUCUUAGCUCUGCCUUGACUAUUUCUUCUACAACUUUUUAUGUAACACAUGUUAUUGUCCAAAUCAUCAGAAUUUGUAAAUAUGAUGUUAACUUCUAAAAUAUUUAAUAUACAGUUGAAAGUCGAAUUGUGAAGAUUUAUAUACUAAAGUACUGAAUUUGUUUCCUUUGUCCGAAGACUGAUCUCUAAUACUAGCUAAUUAUUCGACUUCUAAAAGCUAAUAGUAACGAUGUUGACUGCAAGUCGAGCAUCUGCCACUCAUGAUCGGGACUGUGUGUCUAUGGUAGAGGAGCUGAGUACUGCGACUGGCCACAUAUUCAUGUGAAUGUACCUAGUAGUGUACCAUUUUAUACAUAUGAGUUGAACAAGGGAUUAUUUUGAUCAAGCUCACGAAAAUGCAAUGCUCUUAAUUAAUGUUUAUAAUAAUAGUCAUUGUAAAUAGUUACAAAUAUGUAAGAGAGAUGACACGUCGCAUCCGAUGUGUUCAUAUUUUGUAAAUAAUUCAGUUUAUAUAAAUUAGUUAAUAUUUAGAGAUUGACUAUAUUAAAUUUGUAAAUUACGUUGUAAUAAUUUGAAUGUCCCUAUAGAGUAUAUUCGAUUGUUUCUCUAUGAUCACUGUCACAAAUCACAAUUUGCAUUUGAAAGUCCCAGUUUUUGAAAAAAAGUUCAAAUUAGAAGGGUUGUAUAAUUGUUUUUGCAUAAUUAUUAAAGUAAUGUUUUUUUAAUCGAGUCAGAUGAGUGACGCAUGGGUGGGUGUGGGGAGGUAUGACUGUGGCCUCGAGACAUGCAGCUUGCUGACGACUUGUUGAUGUUGUUCAUCACUUGGACGAUUGUAUUCUCUUGUAUGUACACACUGACUAUGUUUGUAGAGCUUUGUGCCUUCAACGCACCGACAAUUUAAUGAUAGAAGAGAAUAUAUUUGUGUGUUGUAAGUGAUUUAUUUAUAGUGUAACUGUUAACAGAACCGUAAGGGACUAUUAUUUUGUAAGAUACAUGAUAUGUCACUCCUUAUGAAGGUUGUAAGUCCACAUAACGUAACUUUUGUGUUAUUUAUAUCUUAACAAUUUUAUUAUGAUAUUUAAAACAAGUUGAAAUAUAGAUUAAACAUAGAAAGAGUAACUUAAUAUUUGUAACUUUGUAAGUACGCCUGUAGCCUAGCCCCAAUGUGGUACUGUCGAUGCAAUAAGAUGAAAGCAUUACUACUGCAUAUCAUGUUAUAAGGUUCAAUUGAGUGUGAUAUUCAAGUGGAUUGUCUUGCUGUUUGUGUCUGCUCAAUUGUUUUCAACAAAGUAGGUACAUUUUCAGUGAAAUCGUCAAAUGUGUAAACUAAAAGUUUGUUUUCUACAUAGGCAACAAUAUUAUUAUAAAGGUCGAAAUGUCUAUGCAGCUUUACUUUGUCUAGUGGAGUAUGAAAAUAUUUUUUUACUUUGUACAGAAUGUUAUAAAUGUGAUACAUAAUUUUUGACAUAAUUAGAAAUUGUGAUUUAGUAAGGUGUGUAGUUUAUAAAAAAAUAUAAAAAAAACUCGCUUUACUAAAUAAAUACUAUUCUACAGCUAUGUAACGUUGUUUUCCCACGUUUUUAUAUUUGGGUACUUAUAUAUUCUAAGCUGUUGUACCUAUUGCUAGUAAAAUUAAAUUUCAGGAAAUUGAAUGUUUCGGCCCGGUAUUGUCAGACCUCUGUAUCCCACCAAUGCUGUGAAUCAUUUGCUUCCUGAGAAAUAAACAACCAAAAUCUACAAUUCUGUGUUUUCAUUGGAUAAAGUAAG